GGACCAUCGACCGUAGACUGUUGUGAAACCCGUCAAGUCUCAACAGACCUCCAAAUUCUGAUUUUCAACUCCUGGACACAGGAUGUAUGGUCGAACAAACUGUCCAUGCCGGAAAGUCCAGGCGCAUCGCUUUGAGCAGUUUGUAUUUUUUUUUUUAAUUGCAUCACAAUAAAGACAAAUCAAGGUCAGUUCACGUGUGAGAAGAAGGACUUUUAGGCCUUUUGUGUCCUCUGUCGACCUGGAGUGAGCUAUUCGACAAAAUAUUAUCUGAUGAGGUCACCAAGGUUAUUUGAAAGACUAAAUUCCACUCUUUAAACUCGUGUAAACAAAGGUUUUAUGUAGAAAAACAAAGUGAAUGUGGAUACUUUGAGCACAGAAGGGAAUCACAUGGUUUGAAAGAAUAGAAGAUUAAUUAAAAUGAACCAAAUCAUAAAACGAGUCAAAAACAAAAUUUGAUGAAUUAAAUUUAAAAUGUUGGACAAAAUCCUUAAACCCUGUGCGUGUGUGUGUAUGUGUGUGCGUGUGCGUGAGAGAGACACAGGGAGCUGCUGCACACGGCUCAGGAGCAGGAGUGGAGUUGCGGCGUGGGGGGCCGCGGGGGGCAGCGAGCUCGGAUGCCAGCGUCGAGCGUCGGGGAGGACAGAGCCGUCCUGCUGGGCUACGCCAUGAUGGCCUUCUCCGUGCUCAUGUUCUUUGUGGUCGGCUUCACUGUGGUCAAACCUUACGUGAACAGUGACUGGGAGGAGGAGGCCGGCUGCGUGCUGCUGCAGGCCGACAUCCUGGAGGAGUGGGUGGACUGCAGAGGUGUGAGCACUGUACCUUGCCUCAGGGUCACGGUCAACCUCACCAGCUCCAAUAAGAGGGCUUUCCUCCACUUUGACGAGGAGUCCGUCCUGCUCGCUCCGCAGUGUUUCUACGUCCCCAAAUGUCAAUCGGACGGAGCCGAACUUCUGGCGGAGGUGCGGACAUUGAAAAACAGCUUGGACGCUCAGCUGGGGAGCGCGUCGUCUUGCUUCACGGACCCGACGAGGCACCCCGGGGACGUCAUCCUGAGCAGGAAGUACACCUUGAAGAAAGGCCUGUCUGCGUUGCUGUGGCCCGGGCUGAUGCUGGCUGGCGGAGCGCUGCUGGUGGGCCUUGUGAAGCUGACGCAGCGCUUGGCCCACUUCUCCUCCGAGAUGUGCAGCGAGGCCGCAGCGGGCCGGCUGACACCGACGGACACUCAGGGCAAACUGUACCGAAUGCUGCAGCCAUCCGGCGUGCAGUCUCCGUCGUGACACAUCCAGUGUGUGUGUGUGUGUGUGUGUGUGCGCGCGCGUGCGCGCGAAAUGGAUAGAAGAGAAAGAGGAUGAACCUUGUUAAGCAAUGUUAUGAGGAAAUAGUAGGUCCAAACGGAAUGCAUAUACAGCAUACACUUGUUAAAAGCAAGCUGAAUAAAAAGUAGGUGAUUUGGAAAGCAGGGUUAUUAUAAUGAAAUAAAAGCAACGGUAACGUCAAAGUUCUUGAAAGCUUAUUCAGUAUGGCUGAAGAAGAAAAGAUUCUUAGUGUAAUUUCAAUUGGAAGAUUCCCUUGUUGGGCACAAAUUGAAGGAUAUCAGCCACGUGAAUUUCUAUCUUUUCACGAAGCACAAAAGUGGCACGUUAAUUACAUACAUUUCGUUUGCAAGAAAGCAAUGUAAUAAAUAAAAAGAGUCUGGUUAUCUUUUUU